AGUACAUGUUGCGGUAUAUUUAAACAUGGUUUUGAAAACUUCCAUAUGGCUGAGCUUUUGGAAAGGUUUUCCAAUUCAUUGAGCAGAGCUGAACAAGCGGUUAAGAAUGACUGUCCUGACAAACUGCGAGAUGUAUUAAAAAACGAAAGGACUGCGUUUACAAGUGAUUUAGUAACAGAGAAAAGUCUUGUUAAUCAUCAAAUACGUGAGAACCUACUUCAUUUUGCUGUUCACCAGUCAGCCAGUCGGUGUAUUAAUCUGCUCUUAAAUCCACCUUUUUGUUGGAAUUCAGAAUCCCCUAACUCUCUUGGUCAUACUCCAUUAGAUUUAGCUAUGAGGCGACGUUACUUGCCUGUUGUUUAUCUCCUUGCGUCACAUUCAGAUUCUCCUUAUUCUUACAAAAAACAUCCCUUUUCUGUUGAGCUUCUGUUGAUUGAGCCCUGUUCUAUUGAAUUGAUAUCAGGAGCAUUAAACGCUAACUAUGAUUCUCAAAACUCUGACUUAGCGUGGUUAUUUGGUUCAUGUAUGUAUGGUGAAAAUAUCCGAUGUACGGCUGGAAAUAUCAUCUUAUUAUUUGAACUACUACUGUCAGGACCUGUUUGCCCACUUAAUACUGCUCUUUGGUUAGCUCUUGGACGGGUUUCCUUAGUGAAUUCUCAUAAUGUUUCUUGUACAUCUUAUCCAAAUUGUUUGUUUAAUAACGACAUUAACAUUUGGAAUACCAGUUGGCAUGAUUUAUUUAUCGCCUGGGCAUCGCAUCGAUCACUUACAGGGAGCCAGUCUAAUGAAUGUGAUCAGCAACACGUUCUUUCUUUCGGUCCUUUAAGUCUUAUGGAUUUUUGUCGAGUUACAAUCAGGAGACAUGUUUUAGCUGUCAUAGACGUUCAUAGACAAGCCUAUAAAAAAUCCAACUCUGUGAAAUAUUAUAAUUAUGCUAGUCUUAUUAAAAAGUUGCCUAUUCCAGCAAAACUACGUGCUUUCUUGUCCUAUUGUGAUUUAUGGCCGGAUUUGGAUAGAUCUCAAGUCAAAGUCGUUAAAGGAAACCAAUUUCAUCGCAAUCAAAUAACAGAUACUAUGAUUAACAAUAUAUUUUAUGAAAAUAUAGAGUUGUAAAAAUUCUAUUAAUUAUCCUGUUUUUAUGCUUCAUAUCAGUCAUAAUUGUAACCGCAAAUAUCAUUUUAUUUUUAAUUUGUUUGUUUCAGAUCAUAAAAUUUUCUGACUUUUUCUGUUCUUCACCGCUAUAUUUUUUUAAUAUUGAUUAAUAAAUUUACAUUUUCCGAUUA